CUGGGAUGUUUGCGGUGUGGAAGCGCCGGCGAAUCCGCAUGGAUAACUCUCGAGCAAUGCUAAGCGUCCACGUGUACAAAGUUCUUACGCGAUAGCCGCAAUUCAAUCGUGCUCGCUUGCUUGUGACACUGAAAGCUUCUCUUCGCAUUGUGUUCUUCGUGGCUUUCAGAGCUCUGUUUCGUACUUCUCUUUCCCUUUCCGUGAGCGCUCUACAGAAGGCUCCGCCAGCUUUUUGGGGACGUGCUUGAAGAAUAAUGGCGUCGCAAGCUGCCCUCAGCAGCCUACAGGCCGCCAGCCCCUCCGGCUUCGCCUUCAGGAAGGCGGUCGGCGGGGACCAGAUCUUGGCAUGCCCGCAAGGAGGGCUUGCCCCCAUCAGGGCGGCCACAAAAGUCAUCCCUAAAAAGAUAGCUCCUCCCAAGAAAAACACCGGCACCCAGAAGAUAGCGAGCGGGACGCAAAUCAAAAAGAGCGGGACACAGAUUGUUAAGAAUGCGGCGAGCGCGGCAGCCAAUGGUGCAGCGUCACUCCCUAGGAAAGCGAUCAAGGUUGUGGAGGUGUUUGGCCCCAAAGAAACCAAGGGCCUGAUCAGGGACAAGCGGAAUAUUUCUGGGGAUGUGAAGGUGCUCAGCAGAGUGCAGGAGCUGCGCCUCCUGACAAAGGCCGAAGAGUCCGGUCUUCUGUCCACGUUGGAAGGGCUCGGUUUCACUUUGAGCACCAUUGAGUCCCUCGGCUUGCUCUCCAAGGCCGAGGAUUUGGGGCUCUUGGGUGCCGUCACCGACAGGAAACUGCCCGGAACUCUUUUGCUAGCUUCGUUGGUCGUUCUGGCCGCUGGCCCCGCUAUUGUAUACUUUGGUCCUGAGGACUCGAGUGCCAUCGUUAUUGCUGAGUAUGUAGUGGCGGCUCUUACUGUUGCCGGAGGAGCGGCGCUGUUUGGUGCCUCCAAGCUUGUCAAGGCCCUACAAGCUUAGUGUUGAGUGAUAAUAUUUAGGCGCGGUUUGAACUCCCCUGGCUUUGUUCUGGCUACUGGGUCCUCUGUCGCAGUUUUGUGUCCCCACAAUAACGAUGUCUCGAUCACACCGGCCAGCAGGUAUGCAUGUACGUUGAUGGUCAGCAUAAGCAAUAAAGACAUGGCCGGUCCAAACGACUCACUGGCCUUCUCCCUGCGUGUAACUUCAAGCCAACUGAAGAGCAGAAUUCUCUUUCGAAGUACUCCAGGAUAUUUGACUCGCCUG